ACCAUGCCCGGCUAAUUUUUGUAUUUUUAGUAGAGACGGGGUUUCAUUGUGUUAGCCAGGAUGGUCUUGAUCUCCUGACCUUGUGAUCCUCCCGCCUCGGCCUCCCAAAGUGCUAGGAUUACAGGCGUGAGCCACCACGCCCGGCCUGGAAUGUGGUCCUUCUUAAAACUAAAUUUAUAUUUUUUGAAAUUCCAAAAUUAUAUCUUUCAUGUUAUAAAAUGAGAUAAUUGAGAACACAUUUGGUGUUGUGGUCUCUUAAGAUCUUGCCUAACAAAAUAAAAGUACAAAAAAAUUGAGUAAAUAUUUUCCCCUUAUUUGUACUUGUCAAUGAAGACCCUAUGUAUGUACUUAUAUGUUUUUCUUGUUCGUUACUUGCUCCAGUGGUUUGGAAAUUUUGGUUAUCCUGAGAAUUCUCUGGGACCUUGUUAGACAUGUAGAUUCUUGCUAGGGCAUACUUGCUCAAGAGAUUCUGGCGUCAGUACCUAAUCCUUAAAUUACUUUGCAAUAAUCCCGUUACUAUGUAGGUUGAGACCCUACAAGAAGGAAUGAUUCAUUCAAUGAGAUGUACAUCCUUGAUCCCAGAAACUUUGGAACGAAGUAUUCAGUUUCUUCAAUAAACAGAGCACUUCUUGUUUCAUAGGUUUUGGGGGUUGGCCUGAACAAAUCAACUAAGUAUGACCUAGUUUCUAUAGCGUUCUGAACAAUUUACAGAGUGAAUUCCUGGCUGUUCACAAAUUGGGAAUUGACUGCAUUCUUUGGAGAGCCAGGUGUUUCCGCUGGGAAACCCCAUGACAGGUACUCAGCCCAAUUCUCUUUAAUGUUUUAUUAAACAUAGGGGUGGGUUAAACCACUGGGUUUUAAAUGAAGUACUUAGAGCUUUUCAACUUGCCCCAUAGCUCUGUCUCAGAACUGAUCAUUCUAUUAUCAUUAGUUUUGAGAACGCCGUGUAAAGAGCAAAGUAACCACUGGUGGUUGCACUCCGGAGCGGGCGAGGACGGCUAGUUCCUGCAGUGCCCAGGCCUGCAGGGAAGCGCCCUGGCACAACUCAGCUGAGGAUACACGCUUUUUCCCGCGCAGCCGGAGGGCUGAACAGCAAAGCACUCCCCGGGGGAAUUGUGUGUCAGCGCAGCCUGGAGAUAGCAGGCCCAGGGGGCAGCUCCACCACAGGAGACAGGACACGCCUCAGUCUGGGCAAAUUCCCGGCCUCCUUUGGCUCUAAGCCAGCAGCCGCCGCCCGCGACCUCCUCUCCUCCUCCGUCGUCACCCCGGCCGCCCUGCCGGCCCCGAACUUGCCCGCGCCUGGCCGCGCGGCCCCUCAGCCCACGGGGCUGGCGGCGCGGUUGGGAUGGGACCGAUGUGGCGCAUGCGUGGUGGCGCCACUAGGCGCGGGAGUUGCUGCUGCGGGGACGGUGCUGCGGGCAGCCGAGGGCCAGGCCGCUCCGGCCGGGCUCGUGGUGGGGGCAGCCCCAGCGGCGGCGGCGGCGGCGUGGGCUGGCGAGGCCGCGCGGACGGCGCCCGACAGCAGCUGGAGGAGCGGUUUGCCGACCUGGCGGCGAGCCACUUGGAGGCCAUCCGUGCGCGGGAUGAGUGGGACCGGCAGAACGCGCGGUUGCGUCAGGAGAACGCCCGGCUGCGGCUCGAGAACCGGCGGCUGAAGCGCGAGAACCGCAGCCUCUUCCGUCAGGCUUUGCGGCUCCCCGGCGAAGGCGGCGACGGGACGCCCGCGGAGGCGCGCCGGGUCCCUGAAGAGGCCAGCACGAACCGGAGGGCUAGAGACAGCGGCCGAGAGGACGAGCCGGGCAGCCCCAGGGCCCUGAGGGCCCGACUUGAGAAGCUGGAGGCCAUGUACCGCCGGGCCCUGCUGCAGCUGCACCUCGAGCAGCGGGGACCACGUCCGAGCGGGGACAAGGAGGAGCAGCCUCUACAGGAACCCGACUCCGACCUCCGCUCCCGGGACUCGGAACCCUCUGGGCCCUGGCUGUAGCCGAGGCCGCAGCCGGAGAGAGGCGGAGCCUCGCGCGGGCCCCUCCUCCUCCGUUCCCAGCUACCCCCCACCUCGCGCACGCCCUGGCCCGCGCCCUGCCCGCGGAUACCUAGGACUACGGUGCCUUCCCGCCCCCACCAGUGGACACUUCCGGGUGGAGCUUGGCCAUCCGCUUGGCGGAGGUCGAGUGGGUGCAAGGGCCCUCAGGACCUCCCACAUGUACAGUUCCCCUGCCUCUUGCCCCGGCUAGUUUCCCUGGAGAGAGGCCUAGCCAACAACGAAGGGACGGAUUUUAAAACAGCAAGAACUGGGUGCCAAGAAACACUUCAUAUUCCCUGAACUUUUCUGGAUGUUGUGCGAACCUGUUGUAUUUUUUUUUUUUCCUGUAUUUUGGUUCUGAGGGAUGAGUAAUGUGUUUUUAGUUGGUUGAGUUUAUCCAUUCUUCAAUCCCCUAAAGCCUUCAGCUAUUCUUUCAUAUGUGGCCAACAUUUUAAGUACAGUGUUUGCUUUUAUAAGUCGGUGUUACUUGGAUGUCCUAUAAAAUACCCACUUUUUAUAAAGAUGAUAUUUAUAACCUAGGAACUCAUGCCUGUCUUGGCUGCAGUCCCUGUACAUCUAAUAUAUACUGAUUUGUUUGCCCCCAGAGAAUUUUGAAGGUAUCUGCCUAUAUCGUGACCUUUUGAAAUGGUAAAUAAAUCUGGUGCAUUAAAAAUUA